AUGUAUAAUUCUCAAGAAAUAGUAUCUAUAUCUAAUAGAAAUAUUCCAUCUCUUAUUACAUUACCUGCCGAACUUGUCUAUUCUAUUCUCGACAAUCUUGAUAUGUUAACGAUACUUAUAUCAUUCUGUAAUGUUUGUAAAAGACUAAAGAAUAUAACAAAUACUUAUCAUCGAUAUAAAACAUUAACAGAAAUUCAUCUUCGAUGUAAUAAAAUUGAUAAUCAAAAGACAAAAUCUUUAACUGAUGUAUUAAAAACUAACACAAUACUUACAACACUAGUUCUUUCGAAUAACACAAUUAGUACUGAUGGUGCGCAAUAUUUAGCGAAUUUAUUAAAUAAUAACAAAACACUAAAGGAACUUGAUCUUGGAUGGAAUCAAAUUACCUCUGAGGGUAUAAGAUAUAUAGCUGAUGCUUUAAAUAAUAAUCAUACAUUGACUAUUCUAAAUCUUCAAAUCAACAAUCUUGGUAAUCAAGGUACACAAUAUUUAACAAAUGCUUUAGAAAAUAAUAGAACACUUAUGACAUUGAUUCUUUCCAAUAACUGUAUUGAUUAUGAAGGUGCACAAUAUCUAGCUAAUAUGCUAUGCAAAAAUAAAACAUUGACAACAUUGAUUCUUUCUGACAAUAGAAUUGGUUCUCAAGGAGUAAAAUAUUUAUCUAAUGCAUUAUAUAAUAAUAAAACUCUUAUCAAAUUGCAUCUACGAUUGAAUAGAAUUAAUUCCGAUGGCGCAAAAUAUCUUGCUGAUGCUUUACAUAAUAACAAUACAUUAACAGAACUACAUCUUGGAUGGAAUGAUAUUGGUAAUCAAGGUGUACAAUAUUUAUCAAAUGCAUUAUAUAAUAAUCAUACAUUAACAGAACUUUAUCUUGCAUGUAAUAAGAUAAAAAAUCAAGGUGCACAAUAUUUAUUGAAUAUUUUGAAAAAUAAUCAAACACUAACAACUAUAAAUAUUCAAUCAAACAAAAUUGAUUUUCAUGAAAUUCAAUAUUUAAUAGAUAUAUUAGAAAAACAAAGAAUUCAAUUUUAA